CUUCAGUUUACGUUCUUCGUUUGAACCGUUUGUUGUGUUGUGUUGUUGUGUGGUGACUGAUAAUUUUGUUUCCGUUUGUUCUUGUUACGAACUGGUUGAUUGGUGAAAGUUGUUGAAUAUUCUUUCGAUAUAACAUAUUGUUCGAUUAAUAAUGCGAUUUAUUUAAAAAUAAUUAUUCAACUAUUUAAACUACCACCCCGUUUUAUUUGUUCGAACGUUAUAAUUUUUGUGUUUUGUGCCAAAAAAUCUCCAUGGAUGCAUAGGACUGCUGGAGUUGAUUUUCUUGAGGAAUGAUGUUCGUGGAAUGGCUAUUUCGAAUGAACUGCUGGACUCUGGUUACGAUCGUUUCAGUACCUAUACGAUAACUAAAUGACGACUGAUAUUAGUCGUUUUGUUUUCUAUCUUGGAUUGUCAAUCGUCUUAUUAACUCGCUAUGGAGAAUGUAAAGGAGAGCUGCUGGACUCAAAUCAACACCACAACGCGGACGACUCGAAGCUGACGAAGCCAAUCGCCGAAGAUUCGACAAAAAACGCCGACUCGCGAAAGUCGCAGCCUUCCUCGGCAGACGACUCGCGUCAUGAUAGUCAAGUUCCUAUUAAAAUUCUACCCGACGGUUUCGGUCCGAGCGAAAAACUCAAUACCAGUUCGACUUUUGUAUCGGUAGCCAAAGCAGAGGACGAUAAUGGAUCGAUUCAGAAAAGCGUCAUAUACGGCGACGAACCUUCGACCUCGCAAGCUGACAUUUUUAUAUCGACGAAAGCUUCCAAAUUCACGGUGGCUGAUCGUCGAUCGGACGAGCGAGGGAUCGACGACGUUAAGAAGAAACUCUCCGACUUGAAACAAAAAGUGAAAAAAGAUCGAGAAUCGGAAUCUGUUCGAGUACCAGCGUCAGUGCCUGUUGAGGACGCCGAUCAAGCUAAAUCGCCUGACGAGGUGACCGAAGAUGAAGAAACCGAACCGGUAACGAAAUUGGAGAAACCGGUGAUUGUGUCGUCCAGGGGUAAGCUGAGGUUCCAGUUCGAUAAUUCCAUCACCGAAAGUAUCAAAGCGACUGGUAGCGCUGCGGAAAAUGGAUUAGAGAAUGGCGUUCGUAUCGCGGAUGAUAUUUCAAAGUUACCAUUAGUUAAGUCUUCGAACGAUACGACCGCUUCAAUAUCCUCAGACUUGGUUCAAACGUCGAGCUCUUCGUCUACAACAGAUAGUGAUAAGGGUAAAAAUAACGCGACCCGGUCGGCCAAAAGCUCGUUCCAUUAUCAAGGCGGCGAUGGGUACACGUUCGAAAAUCAAUUCGCCAUCGACAGCGAUCGCGACGACGCGUCCAAGUUCGAUGAUCGCGUAUCCACGUACCCGAUCAACGACCCUGGUAACAACAUAGAUCGCGUUAGGAAUUUCAACGAGAACAGCAAUAACGUCAAGCUCAAGAACAUAGUGAGAAAACCCCAAGGAUUCGUGUUGACCACCGAAUCAUCUGCCGAAGCCGAACUACUCCGCAAGACUGUAACCAGAUUCGGCGCAGCGACCACCGGAAAACGACGAUCUACCGAGAGUCCGGCGUUCGCUGCAAAACUUGAAACAACCACUACGGAGGCUAGUUCUACUGCUGUUGGCAAAAACGAAAUUGCCAGGAAACCGUCGAUGAAACCAAGUUCUAGUUAUUCGAGCAGAAGGAGAGUUCAACCGACUACGACUGCCCUGAACGAGAAUUACUCUUUGCCGACCACGUCCACAGCUUGGGCAUUGGCUUCGCUCAAAACCCCUGCCAGUGUAAAAACACAAAAACGUCCCAGCGGUGUCGAGGUGUUGAAGAAGAAUGUCGUCGAGAUGGUUCCAGCUUCGCCCAAGCCCGUUUUUAUGACCACCAUUAAACCGUUCAAGAGCUGGUCUGUCAAGCUGCAGAAGACUACGACUGAAUCUGCUACAGAUAUACCCACAACCAUGAAACCAUUAAUGGAAGUAGAUGCGGAAACCCUUUCGCCGAUUGCAUUAUCAGGACCUGUGUUGAUGAACAUGAGCGAAAUAUCAGUACCAUCGUCAGCAUCAUCAUCAUCAUCGUCGACGACGACAACUCCUAAAUUCGAUCUAACCAGCUCAGUGAUCACUGGCAAACGUAACGAAGGACUCAGAAACGAAACGACGGAUAUCCAUUUCGAUUUGAUGGAAGACUCGCAAAAGCCACUCCCCGUACUCGGUGUUAAUUCUAGUCAUAAAAUAAAAGACGUAGUUGCAGAUACGAUGCGUUAUAAUUACAUGGUGGCUAAUUCGAGUAACGAUAAAAACAAUACGUUUGUUUCGUUAAACGUUCAUAAAGCUGAAAACGAAGCUGCCUCGAACAACCCAGCUAAUAUUCUCGAUUUCGAUAAUAACGCUAAAAAUGAAAUACAACACGUAUCGAAACCCACAUUAGUCAAGUUGGAUUUGCCAUUAAACGACGAAGCUCCCAGAAUCGAAACUUUCAGUUCGACUACCGAGAAUUCGCUGUUUAAUGCGAAUCACCGUCACGUACCGCAGGAUUUGCUGAACGAUGUGAAAUCACCAUCGGAGGUGAACGAUUUGAGAAAUACCAGCACCGAUGGUCCUGCUGCUUCGAGUAGUGAGAUUUUACGAAGCGUCGAUUACCAGAAUACCGAAUCGAAUACCAUUUUUGAUCAAAUUUUUAAAGUGAAGAAAGAAAAAAAUGACGUACCGACGAAGCAAGCUGAUCACGAGUCGAGUAAUGGUACAGAAUCCGAGUUGAAUAAGGGUGAUAGUAUGGAGAUCGUAACGAAGCAUUUUGACCCGGAAAUCGAACCGAUUAAACGUGAAAAUAGUACAGUGUUUGGCACUUCCAGCUCCGAUAGUACUUUUGAUAACAUUAAGGAAGUGGUCACCGACCCAUCUCCGAUUUACGAUAUCGAAAUCGACGAUGAUAAUACGCCCACCAUUGUCGCCAACCAGACUGUGGCUGUUGAUAAUAAAGAUAAUCGCACUUGGACGUCGAAUGUAGCCACUUCUACCUUCACUUCGACAACGACUUCGACCACCACCACUACCCCCAGAACAAUACCAACUACAACGACGGAGCACCGCGUAGAAUUCUCAUCAACAGUUCCAACCAUAAAGCUCACCACUAAAACAGAAUCCGUAGAUGAUAUAAUGACCACAACCCGAAGAACAGCGCCGAAAAGAAUAUUCACUACACCUUCGAUAAUGACCGCCAGACCAUCAACCACUACGCAGAUGAUCACUACGACUAGCUACUCAUUCGACGACUUCACAACUCUAAAUCCGCUUUUCUUCUCGUCAACUACGAAAAGAAAAAACACAAAGUUGUCUCCAGCGUCGCCUAGAAUUCCGGUGAAAACCACUACAGAAGAGGUUACCACGAUGGCAUCCACCUCGUCGACUGUAAGAACUACCGAAGAAACCAGAUCGAAGUUUUCCAAAUCCACCACCGAAAUGAUGGAACCUGUGAUAACGAUAUCUACAUCGUCGCCUAAACCAGCCAUUAUUUUACCAUCCAGUACCGAGCAAAUCGAAGUGCAUACUUUGGAUUUCAAUCAUCCGAGUGUCGUUAGCGAUUCGACGUCUACGGAAAAAUCACCUUCUGAGAUUACCAUCGUUGAAACUACAUUCAGCCCUUCCAACGAAUUACCAACGGUGCCUACGUUCCAGCCGAAAUUACCUCCGGAAAGUGUACCGGCUUAUUUAAUGUUGAUUUUUAAAUCGAGCUUUGCUCAUAUUUGUCGGACAAAAGCUGCUCUCAAAGAGAAUUUAUUCCAGUACAUAACGGAACGAUCUUCCAGAGUACAAUCGAAGGACCAAGUUGUCAUGGUGGUGGAUCCGGAACAGUGCAAAGAACCCGAUGACUCCCCUAGACUGAUACCUGUUGCUCUCUACGUAGUGGACGAUUUGGGCAGCUAUGAUAAAACUUUGAUAGAUGAAAUGCAAGCUGUUCUAGAUGUUGAUAAUUUGAACAACUAUACCAUACCUAUUCAUAAAAUAGUUUACCAACCGAACUUCGUUCCAGACAAUUCUAGAGUUAUUGCUGCCAUGAUUAUUACCAGUAUUGCUGCUGUUUGCUUCGUUUUAUUGAUUUUCCUCAUGUGUACGAUACGUAAUCGACAAAAAUUAAGUUAUGGCCAACGAUGCACUCCUGUCUCAGUGGACGAUUACAACUUGGAUAAUAUUUCAGAAUUUAAUAACAGUAUUAGGAGAAAAGGUGCUAUGCGAGCUUCGAAAAGAUCCUAUGGAAAUCCAGCGUUCGAUGAUCCGCUCGGGCCCUCGAAAACGUUAACUUAUAAUGGUCUGAUAAAAGCGUGCGAAAAUCGAAUGGCUCUGGACGAUGAAUUCUCUCAAAUCCCUGUGAUCACGGUCAAACCAGAAGAACUUCCUCCAGGAGCUGAAGUUAAAAAUAGAUACGCCAAUAUCAUACCUUUACCUGAAACUAGAGUUUCGUUAUCUAAUCAUUGUUCCGAUUCUAUUCACGAUUAUAUUAAUGCUAAUUAUGUUAAGGGCUUCAAAGGAGCCGAUAAAUUUUAUAUUGCUUGCCAAGCUCCAUUACAAAACACCAUCGAAGAUUUUUGGAAAAUGAUUUGGAAAGAGCAAGCCAAAGUUAUCAUUAUGUUGACUGCACUUUCGGAAAAUGGAGUGGAAAAAUGCGCCGAUUAUUUGCCACCUUCGGAAGUGUUAGAUUGUCAUCGAUUGUUCGGCGAUUACCAAGUAACGUUGAAGAAACGAGAAGUCAAAGAGAAAUAUGUUAUAUCGAGUUUACAAUUAAAGAACAUGGAGAAUAAUUUAUGGCGAGAAGUUACUCAUCUAUGGUACACGAGUUGGCCAACUCAAGGAGUACCAAAUGAACAAAGUUCUAUAAUUGCUUUAUUAAUCGAAGCCCGAGCUUAUAUGAGAAAUAGUCCUGGGCCUCAUGUUGUACAUUGCAGUCCUGGUACUGGUCGUACUGGUACUGUGAUCGCUUGCGAUAUUUGUAUAAGAGAUUACGAACUGACUAGAUCGGUUAAUAUACCGUUGACUGUAGCUAAAUUACGUAGAUGCCGUGCUGGAGCUGUUCAAACCAAAGAACAAUAUGCUUUCAUUUAUAAAGUUUUAACAUUAUACGCUAGAAAACUGAACGGAGGAACACCACUAGAGUCUCUGUGAUUUUGAAUUACGAGAUGAGGUAUUUUAUGGCUCUCUUUCUACUGCUAUACGAGGAGUUAUUCGUUAUGUUAUACCUCCCUCCGCAACGCAAAUAAGUUAUAUUUUAAUGCUGUGAUAUUUAUCGUUUUUAAAUGAAUGUUAUAUAUUUUUUAAAUGUAUGUUUUUCAAAUAUGAUAAUAAGUAGGUAUUAUUGUAAUGCUCGAAGUUUUAAACAUCGUACUCCAUGUGUUUUCAUCAUCGUGGUGAAAACGGGAACGGGAUAUUUCCAGAAUUGCUCACUGCUCGGUUUUAUUGGUGCGAACAAAUUUUAUAAUUUUUAUUUUUCCGAUAUAAACAUAAAAAUGUUUCAACUUACCAUAAUUCUCUGUUCAUGUUUUAUUAUAAAUUUAAUCACAGUUCCUUGUUUAUAUGUUAUAUUAUUAGAUUUUUCGUGUAUUUCUUGUAAGUGUUGUAUUAUUCUUUUGUCAUUUUUAAAAAUAUUGUUGUUUUUUUUUCUUCUUUUCAUUAUUGUCAUUUUUAUUUCAUGUAAUAUUGUAUUAUUGAGCUAUUGUUUAAACGUUAUUGCCGAAUACAUGAUUAUGCAGCGAA